CUGAGGGCGGCGCAGGGAGCCGGGCGGAGGCGGCGAGCGGCGCGGCCCAGCCGAGCAGCGGGGAUGGCCGGGGGGCCGCAGCCGGGAGCCCCCGGAGCCCCCUCGCCGCGGCUGCCCAGGCUGGGGCUGGCGCUGGGCCUGCUGGCCGCCCUGGCCGCGGUGAAAUACUACCGGGACGCCGAGGUGGCCCGGCGGCAGGAGAUGGCCUUGAAGUCUCUGGGGAACGAGGGGCUUUUUCUCUUCUCCUCUCUGGACACUAACAAUGAUCUGUACAUUAGCCCUGAGGAGUUCAAGCCAGUAGCAGAGAAAUUAACAGGUGUUACUCCUGUCCUCGAAUUUGAAGAGGAAGAGACACUGGAUCCCAGUGGGGAGACGCUAUCAAUUGUUGCUAAAUUCCAGCCCCUUCUCAUGGAAACAAUGACAAAGAGCAAAGAUGGUUUCCUAGGAAUUUCUCAUAUUGCUCUGUCUGGCCUACGGAACUGGACAGCCCCAGCAGCCCCUAUGAGCAUAAUGUUUGCCAAGCAGUUCAAAGCCUUUCUUCCCCCAAAGAAUAAGAUCGAACUCGGCGAUCCCUGGUGGAUAAUCCCAAGUGAAUUAAACAUCUUCACUGGCUACCUUUCCAACAACCGGUUUUACCCUCCGGUCCCCAAGGGCAAAGAAAUCGUGAUCCACAAACUCUUGAGCAUGUUCCAUCCUCGUCCGUUUGUAAAAACUCGCUUUGCUCCUCAAGGAGCUGUGGCCUGCAUCCAGGCAAUCAGUGAGUUCUACUAUAGGAUAGCGUUCAGGAUCCAUGCCGAGUUCCAGCUGAAUGAACCUCCAGAUUUCCCUUUCUGGUUUUCCCCUGGCCAGUUCGCAGGCCACAUCGUCCUCUCCAGAGAUUCCUCCCACGUUCGAGAGUUCAAGCUCUUUGUCCCUAACAAGAGGUCUCUCAACGUUGACAUGGAAUGGCUGUAUGGGGCGAGCGAAAGCAGCAACAUGGAAGUGGAUAUAGGUUACCUACCUCAGAUGGAAUUAGAAUCUUCAGGGCCGUCCAUCCCUUCCGUGAUUCAUGACGAAAACGGCAACGUGAUGGACAGCCGAGACCCUGCGGGGGAGCCGAUUCAGUUUGUGUUUGAAGAGAUAAACUGGCAGCGUGAACUAAGUGGGGAAGAGGCAGCCCAGAAACUGGAAGUUGCCAUGUACCCAUUUAAGAAGGUUUCGUACCUUCCCUUUACGCAGGCUUUUGACAGAGCAAAAGCUGAAAACAAACUGGUGCACUCCAUCCUGCUGUGGGGCGCCUUGGACGACCAGUCCUGCUGAGGUUCGGGGCGAACUCUCCGGGAGACCGUCCUGGAAAGUUCGCCCAUCCUUGCUCUGCUGAACGAGAGCUUCAUCAGUAGUUGGUCACUGGUGAAGGAGCUAGAAGAGCUACAGACUAAGAGGCAGAAUGAAUUCUACAGCAGAUUGGCUGACCUGCAUCUAGAGAAAUAUAACUUCCCCGUGGAGAUGAUGAUCUGCCUUCCCAACGGAACCGUGAUUCAUCAUAUCAAUGCCAACUAUUUCCUGGAUAUUACUUCUAUGAAGCCUGAAGAAGUCGAGAGCAGCAUCUUUAGCUUCUCAACCAAUUUUGAAGAUCCUUCCACUGCAACCUACCUCCAGUUCCUGAAGGAAGGACUGCAAAGAGCCAAACGGUUCCUGCAGACCUAAAAAAAAGGCAAGUGAACACCCAGCAAAGAUGGCCAAAGAUUUUAGAGUUCUUCUAUUUUGAUUAAGGCAAUUGUUCCUGAUCUACAGAAUGGACGUGGUACUGAUACUAAAAUGUAAAAUAUUCUAGGACUGGAGUCUUGAUCUGAAUAGUUGGGCUGUAGAUUCUAGAAUACAUCUUUUUUUUUAAUACUUAAAAGGAUAAGUUAAGUGAAAUUAGAGUUUAGGAAACUUCUACAGGAGCUGAAAUACUAUAAUUUAUAUACUUAAUACAUUGUUUGUACAUAUGUCGCAAAGUCUGAUCUGUUUCAGAGUAACAGCCGUGUUAGUCUGUAUUCGCAAAAAGAAAAGGAGUACUUGUGGCACCUUAGAGACUAACCAAUUUAUUUGAGCAUAAGCUUUCGUGAGCUACAGCUCACUUCAUCGGAUGCAUACUGUGGAAAGUGUAGAAGAUCUUUUUAUACACAUAAAGCAUGAAAAAAUACCUCCUCCCACCCCACAGUCUGAUCUAUUACCAGUCCUCAUAUUUUCCAUCUUUAGUUAAAAGAUUGUGUAUAGUAAAACUCCUGUUAUAGCUACGCUGACUGAAAAUCAGAAAUGCUUGUUAUCUAGGGCCUACUUUCAACUCUCAUCACUCUUGCUGCACAGCACCAUGCAAUAGUCCCAAUGAAAUUAAGUGCUUAUGUUAAGUGCUACUCCAAGUGAAUAAGCAUUGCAGAAUCGGGUCUCCAGUGUAGAAUGCUUUCUACAAGCACUUUGCAAACUACACCAAUUCUUUUUGCUUCUUUGUGCAAUUCAGAGUGUUGACUCUGAUCUGUAAACUGUUACAUAUUUAGGUCCUGAGUAAUUGAGAUGGCCUCUUUGAGUUGCUGCAGCGGCCAAUCAGCUAGGACACCUUUGCUGACACUGUCUAGAUCUGAAGGUAGGAUGUUCUAAUUGGAGAGCCUUCAACUCUAGAAAUAAUCCACUCCCAGAUCUGCUAGAGCCCAAGUCAGUUGUGCUUCAUGGCAUGGUGUAAGACCCCAUUUUAUUUAUUCAAGCUUUUGCCUUCGAAGAGGGAUUAUCAAAUUGAUAUGGUGCAAUUGGCAGUGGGGAAUUAGUCAACAAAUGUCUUCAGUGUUGUUCAGUGCCUUGAGAGUUCUUAUUCUACGAGAUGUCCUGAAUGUGACUCCAAAAUGCCAGGGUCCUCCAGAAGUUCUCCCAUUUCCUGUACAACAUGCUAGUGUCCAUAUUUUUUUUUUUUUGCACGUUUCAUGUGUCCAAUUUGCAUUAUGUAAAUAAAUCCAGUCCUCCUUCAGAAGCAAAAUGCAAAAGUUUCUUUUGAAAUGAAGGGUUCAUAUUGUUUUUUGCACAUUACCUCCUGUAAAAUUUAAAAGUGGGUUUUUUUUGUUUUUUGUUUCUACUAGCUGCUUUGAAAACUGCACCUGAGAAUUUUCAAAGUACAAAGAAUGAAGGAGAACUUGCCCAGACAAAAUGCUUUUCAUCCUUCAUCUCUAACCAUCCUGAGCAGCAGCAUUUAUUUUAUAUAAGUACUUGGCCACACGACAAACGUGGCUUGAGAGUGGGGGUUAAAUUUAGUUAAGAUCAGAGAGACAAAUUUUAAAUCACAAAAUUCUUCUAUUAUCAAUGAUACAAUAACUAUUGGAUUUUAUAUAAGAACAUAAGAGUGGCUAUACUGGGUCAGAUCAAUGGUCCAUCUAGCCCACUAUCUUAUCUUCCAACAGUGUCCAAUGCCAGAUGCUUCAAAGGGAAUGAAAAAAACAGGGCAAUUAUCAAGUGAUCCAUCCCCUGUUGUUCAAUCCGGCAUCUGGUAGUCAGAGGCUUAGGGACACCCAAAGCAUGGGGUUGCAUCCUUGACCAUCUUAGCUAAAAGCCAUUGAUGGACCUGUCCUCCAUGAACUUCUCUAAUUCUUUUUUGAACCCUGUCAUAGUCUUGGCUUUCACAACAUCCUCUGGCAACGAGUUCCACAGGUUGACUGUACAUUAUGUGAAAAAGUACUUCUUUCUGUUUGAUUUAAACCUGCUGCCUAUUAAUUUCAUUGGGCGACCCCUAGUUCCUAUGUAAAGGAGUAAAUAACACUUCCUUAUUCACCUUCUCCACACCAGUCAUGAUCUUAUAGACCUCGAUCAUAUCCCCACCUUAGUUGUCUCUUCCAGGCUGAACAGUCCGUCUUUUUAAUCUCUCCUCAUGUGAAAGCUGUUCCAGUCCCUUCAUCAUGUUUAUUGCCCUUCUCUGUAUCUUUGCAAUUUCUAAGAUAUGUUCUGAGAUGGAGUGACUAGAACUGCAUGCAGCAUUCCAGGUGUGGGCUUUCCAUGGAUUUAUAUAGUGGCAUUAUGAUAUUUAUUGUCGUCUUAUCGAUUCCUUUCCUAAUGGUUCCUAACAUUCUGUUAGCUUUUUUGACUACCACUUCACAUUAAGCAGAGAACUAGCCUUGACGACUCCAAGAUCUCUUUCUUGAGUGGUAACAGGUAAUUUAGACUCCAUCAUUUUGUAUGCAUAGUUAGGAUUAUGUUUUCCAACAUGCAUUUAUCAACAUUGAAUUUCACCUGCCAUUUUAUUGCCCAAUCACCCAGUUUUGUGAGAUCCUUUUGUAGCUCUUCACAGUCUGCUUUGGACUUAACUAUCUUGAAUAAUUUUCUAUCAUCUGCAAACAUUGCCAUCUCACGUUUACCCCUUUUUCCAGAUCACUUAUGAAAAUGUUGAACAGCACAGGUUCCUGGGGGACCCCACUAUUUACCUCUGUCCAUUCUGAAAACUGACCUUUUAUUCCUAUCCUUUGUUUCCUGUCUUUUAUCCAGUUACUCAUUCAUGAGAGGACCUUCCCUCUUAACCUAGGACCACUUAGUUUGCUUAAGAGCCUUUGGAGAAGGACCUUGUCAAAGGCUUUCUGAAAGUCCAAGUACACUAUAUCCACUGGAUCACCCUUGUCCAAGUGUUUGUUGACCCUCCUCAAAGAAUUCUAAUAGAUUAGUGAGGCAUGAUUUUCCUUUACAAAAGCCGCAUUGAUACUUCCCCAACAAAUUGUAUUCAUCUAUGUGUCUGAUCAUUUUUAAAAAGGAUUGUUGCUUUUCAGUAGCCAUAAACCGUUACUUUUGUGGCAGCACGUUUUAAUGCACGUUCCUGUAGGUAGGUGAGACAGCAUCCGUGGUAGACAAUCAAAAGCAGCCAAUUGCUACAGACAAAUAGCAGAGCUGUUGUCACCUUUUCUGCUCUCUGAAGCACAUUUGAGUCCAAAACGCACUCGAGGGACCAAAUGAAAAGGAGAACACCCCCCAACGCUCUGUACUGUUUGGGUAUCUUGUUUUUUUUUCCUUCAUGGGUGUGUAACCCAUGACAAAAAGCUCACCCCAACCCACUUGUUGUAGUGACAUUCACCCAUGGGAUGUGUUCAGUGGUGAGCUGGAGCUGGUUCGCACCGGUUCGCGCGAACCGGUUGUUAAAUUUUGAAGCCGGUUUAGAACUGGCUGUUAAAGGGGUGGGCAAACUGUGGCCCGCGGGCCACAUGCGGCCCGCGGGACCGUCCUUUCUGUCCCGCCUGAGCUCUCGGCUGGGGAAGCUACUACAGCACCCCUUGAGAAUUUUUACUUACCCAGCGGCACUCCGGGCCUUCGGCAGCACUUCGGCUGCGGGUCCUUCACUCGCUCCGGGCCUUCGGCAGCAGGUCCGUCAGUGCCGCCAAAGACCUGGAGCGACUGAAGGAACCGGUUCUUCAGCUUCUGGCAACUCAUCAUUUGAUGUUUCCCAGUAUUAGCUUUCUAACUGUGUUGUGUUUUGGCUCCGGCUGGCAUCUCUGAAACAUUAGAAAUACGUUACAGCCUCAGGUUUGGCUGCAUGUUUGAUGGUGAUUGUGACAGUUCAGUGUCUGUAAACGGUAUUGUCUGAACAAAAAGAACCUCGAUCACUCAUGCAAGUAGCCUUAGCCACACCGCAAACACGCAGUAUCUCCAAUGUUAAAGGGACUCCAUUGGCUCUGGCUGCAAUUUGGGGAUCGGGGGGGGAAUCCUGGCCUUAGCUUAGACCAGGGGUGGGCAAACUUUUUGGCCGGAGGGCCACAUCGGGGAAUAGAAAUUGUAUGGCGGGCCGUGAAUGCUCACAAAAUUGGGGUUGGGGUGAGGGUUCCACCUGGGGGUGCAGGCUCUGGGCUGGGGCCACAAAAGAGGAGUUCAGGGUGCGGGAGGGGGCUCUGGGCUGGGUCAGGAGAGUGGGGUGCGGAGGGGGUGAGGGCUUUGGGAUGGGGCUGAGGAUGAGGGGUUUGGGGUGCAGGAGAGGGCUCUGGAAUGGGGCUGAAGAUGAGGGGUUUGGGGUGCAGGAGAGGGCUCCGGGCUGGGAUCGAGGGGUUGGGGCGCAGGGGGAGGCUCCAGGCAGUGCUUACCUCAAGCGACUCACAAAAGCAGCUGCAUGUCCCUUCUCCGGCUCCUACCUAGAGGCACAGCCAGGUGGCUCUACAUGCUGGCCCGUCCACAGGCACCACCCAUGCAGCUCUUCUGGGGGCAGCGCUUGGGGUGGGGGCAGCAUGCAGAGCGGAGCCUCCUGGCUGCCUAUAUGCGUAGGAGCCGGAGGGGGGACAUGCCGCUGCUUCUGGGAGCCGCGUGGAGCUGCCCCAGACCCUGCUCCCUAGCAGGAGCUUGAGGGCCAGAUUAAAAUGGCUAGCAGGCCAGAUGUGGCCUGCGGGCUGUAGUUUGCCUACCCCUGACUUAGACCCAACCUUUAGGUUUUAUAAAACUUAAUAUAAUUAGAAGCACUUUCAUUGCUUUAAAAAAAAAAAAAAAGUCUCAGGGGGUUUUAACCUUUCAACCACCCCUUGUAUAAAUAUCCUCAGCUUGGGGAAAGAGAUCAAAUGGUCUGCCCUCUGUCCAGCUUCGCAGUAGCAGAACCAAAAAUGCAGGGCCCCACGUGAACAGCUAGAGAUUGUUUUCAAUUUCUUGCGGCAUGAAAAAAGUGGGAUUAAAAUAUAAAAUCUCCAGGGCCUCCCUGUCUGCAUCCAGGAGUCAUCAAUGGCUCUGACCUUAGUGAGAAGUGCUUUAUACCUAUACUGGGAAUCGCUUAAAUUUUGCUGGCGGUGCUGUUAGUGCAAAUGACCCCGAUUGGAGGCAAGAAAAGCAUCACUGGGCGCUAAAGGUAGCGAUGACGUGAUUGCAUCAUACUACUGUGGUAAGACAAUCGGUGCAAGUAUUUCUCUCACUGUUGUGCUACGGUGCAUCUGUCACCACAGCAGGAUAACCAGGAAGCAGUGCUGGGAACUCUGGGGUACAUUCACCGAGGACAAAGUGCCUCAGUUGGCACAGCAUCAAUGUGGACCCAGGGCAAAACCUUCCACUACUACAACACUGAAUGUGUCUACGGGUCGUGGAAAUUAGAACAGUUGGGUUGACGUUGAUCUAUAGGGUACCAAUGAAUCUUUAAGGCAGACAGUGCCUAAGACAUUCCCAGCCAAUUAGAACCCAAACCGAGACCUAUGGUAUCCUUAACAUUGUCCAAAACGGCUACAUCUCCCUCUUAUGUUCCUGAAAUGGGCAUUUUCCCCACCUUAAUUAGAAUCAGCUCAUUAGAAAUUAAGCUUGGUGGGAAGAAUUCUUCAGUUUCAAGAAUAAUCAAUGUACUCCAGGGGCUCGGAAGCUGUUGCAUGGCUCUCAAAAGGCGUUUGAUUCCAGUAUUAAUCUUGCAGUCGUAAAGCUGCCUAGAAGGACUAUUUGCUGUUUCUUACUAUUGUUUAAUCUUUGAUGGAGUUUUGAGAGGUGAACUCUGAACAAAAGCGGUGUCUUAAACUUUUUUAAUAUGUGCCAAAUUUUUCAUAUUUUUACUGUAUACUUCAUAGGCUUUUAUAGGCGGUUUUGAUAUCUCCGAAGAGGAUGGAAGUAAAAGCCUUUUUUCCCCUGAUCAUCUGUGCUUUGUGACGGCCUGAUCUUAAAUCAUUGAUGGGUCAGGGCUGAUUUCCCACAGCUGUAAUUCAGGGAAAAACUUAUUUCAUUUCCUCCUCCUCUGUGAGUUUUUUAAUCAGCAUAUGUAAAAUAUAUUUUCAUCUAGUGUUCUUGCCCAGAGACAAUUCACGUUUAGAGGUGAACAUUCUCAAAUCGUGUAUUUUUUACAAAAGUAAAUGUUUCCGUUCUGAUGUGUGAGACUAAUUUUAAAACACUAUAGUCCGGCUAUGCUGGACAGUACUGUAGCAGUAUUUGAGAGAUCUCAAGGAUUAUUUAGUGUAGUGGAGGGAAGAAUUACCCAACAUAAAGGUAUACCAGCCAACCUAUAACUCAGAUAUAUACUGUGUGUCAACCAUUGAUGCUCUUCAUUUGUGUUCCCUAGUCGUCUUGGAAUUAAACAGCGGUGUGGUAAUAAGCUAAUACACACAGAGGUCAAUAUGGAAUAAUGAUUUUUGUGUUUUGUGCAUACCUCAUUCUUCUAAAAUGGCUUUACAUACUUAAAUACCUAUUUAUAGGUUUGUUCAUAACUGCACCUGCAGAAAAACCAUUACAUUAAGCAUUAGCUCAGUGUUCUGAUUGAGCUUUACAGGUAAUCCUUGUGAGAAAUGUUCUCAAUUUUAUCAUCUGUACCAGCUUAGUUCACCCAUUUUUGCGUAGUAAUAAUAAAAAAAAAAAUCUGAAAAAUAAA